AUGGGAGAUAGUAGAAGGUCUUUAUCCCCAAUAGCACGUGCCUAUAGCGAACUUCAACAAAUAUUAACAGCAGAUCAGUUCGAUCAGAUUUUUCCUUUAAUUAAUUCUGCAAUAAUAUCAAAUACUAUGGAUGAUGAAGAAAUAGCUCGACAACAUCAAGAAGAUCUUUUUGGUUCAAAUUCAAUGGAAAUUGAUGAAUCAUUUCCUAAUUAUGCUACUACAUUUAAUCCACAACGAAAAUCUGAAAUCGAUGCUGAUGCUGCUUAUGCACGUCAACUUCAAGAAGAAGAAUAUUCAAGGCGAAGUGUUCUACCAACUCGAUCAUAUAUGCAAGAAAUAAAUAAUAAAAGAACAUCAGCUAUUAUUACUGAACCUGAUAAUGCAGCAGUUUUUAAUGAUGCAGAAUUAGCAGCACGUUUACAAGAAGAAGAAAAUCAACGAGGACGAAGACAUCGUCAACGACCAGUAUUUCCUCCCCAACGAAUUAAUAAUAAUCGAACAUUUCAAUCUAAUAAUGAACCUGAAAUUAUACCUAUACCAAGAGCUACAUUAGCUCGUCCUACUCCAGCUAAUCGUUAUAAUAAUAAUCAAAAUAAUAUUUCGAAUAUAUUUCAACUUGUUAGUAAUACUUUUCCACGUCCUGGUGCUUUUGGUAAUCGAGAUGUUCAAAAUAAUAAUGACGAUUUUACUCCAAAUGAUUACGAAAGAUUACUUGAACUUGAUAGUACAAUUGCAUCAAAAGCAUUAACUAAAGAACAAAUUAAUCGUUUACCAACUGAAAGAUUUGAUCGUCCAAAAAAUCGAAGUGCCGAAGAAAAUAAAUGUAGUAUAUGUUGGGAUGAAUUUGAACAAAAUCAACUCUUACGUCGAUUACGAUGUUUUCAUUUAUAUCAUCAAGAAUGUAUAGAUAAUUGGUUAAAAGAUAAAAAUCAAUGUCCAAUUUGUCGAAUACCACCAAUUCAAUAA